UUUUGGGGGUUGGUUUCAAUGCAGGGUUUCCUUCGCUUCUCCGUUUUCCAAACUCGAUUUGCUCCUUUCUCCAAUUUAGUCUUUUGCUCACAUUUCGUCUGAGUCUUCUUCCUUUGCUUUUCUCUCACUCGAGCAACAUUCCCAUGGAGGCCAGAGAUCAGAGAAAGAACCAUUCACCAGGAAGUGAAGGCCAAAGUGUCCAUGUCUGCAACAAAUGUGGGUGGCAAUACCCAAAUCCACAUCCAAGUGCCAAGCACCGGCGUGCUCACAAGAAGAUUUGUGGAUCCAUCAAAGGAUAUGAGCUCUUUGAUUCCGAAAACGCCGACCCUGUUCCUGGUUUUGAUGAUGAGAACAGUCCAAAACUCGUGGAGGCGAAAAUCGGUGGAAUUGGAGCUAUUUCCAAUAGAUCUGAACUGGAUGAAUUCGAAGAUGCUGUUUGUGAAUUUUCCGGAAGUCCUUCCGGGCGAGAAGAUCAGUUCACAAUGGACGUCGAGAAGAUUGACAAAAGUCCCGAUUUUAUAAACAAUGAAUAUGAAGCUGGCUCAGACGAAAUUCGACAGAGCAAGAGUUCACCAACUGUCAGUGAAAUGAGAAAAUCGGGAGUUUCAGACAGCGGUGAAUCUCCUCCAUCUGCAGAAGUGCUUGAGAUCCGAGAUCCUGUCCUGAGCUCAGAUGAAACAGCUUUGUCUGAUCAACGGGAUCAUAAAAGUUCUGCUGAAGAAUCCAAUACAAAGAUCUGCCGUUCACAAGUGGAUCAGGUCAUUGGCGAAAACGGAAACGGGAGUGAGUUCUCUGAAGGAAACUUACGAGAUGGUUCGCCCUCUGAGUCUGACUUAGCAUCUUUGGUUGGAAAAGGAGGCGAUGAUGCUUCAGGUACCAUGUGGAACGAUGAUGUGAUUUACUCGGAGGUGGAAGGUCCCGAUGAACUUGUUUUAGAAAACUCUGCGAUCGUAGACUCUACUGAAGAUGAAUGCACCGGCAUUGAGAACAUUCUGGUUGGUACACCGGAGCAUGGCCACGCAAUAACGGCAGAUAAAGACGAUAACGUGAUGAUUUCUGAUCAUGAUGAUAUACCUUUUGUGGAGAAUGCUGAGACAACUAAGGAAGAAGAAUAUGAAACUGACACAGUCGAGCUUGCAGAGUGUUCGGGAAUUCAGUCUGAACAAUUAAACAUCGAAAAGGAGGUUCCUUUCACAGAUGUGCUUCUCCUGGAGAACAAAAAUGGAAGACAAGAUCAAGAUUCGGUUUUGGUUGAGGAAGAAUUGCCCGUUAAAGAGCAUGAGGACUUAGUGGUAUCUAAGAUCGAGAACUCGGAGGGUAUCAAAGAGCAAGAUGAUUCGGUUUUGGUUGAGGAAGAAUUGCCCGUUAAAGAGCACGAGGACUUAGUGGUAUCUAAGAUCGAGAACUCGGAGGGUAACCAACCUGAAGAGCCUAUGAUUGUCUCCGAAGAUAUCAAGAUUGAAGCCCGAGAUCUCGAGGCAACCGAAUCACCUUCUGACACUGAACCGAUUAUUGGUUCGGGCCAUACAGCUAAUAUAAUCCACACAGUUGCAAGCCAUGAAAGUGAAUUGAUUCAGGCAAAUGAUGAUGAAGCUGGAGACAGUAACAUCAAGAUGAUAAACGAGGGAAAUGAUAUCAGUUCUCAACGGAUAGGUUCAAGCGAAACAUGCAAAGACAACGAUGCAGAAGUUUGUGUAAGAAACAAUGAAGCUCAAACUGAAAGUGACAGAGGGAUUUCGGAGGAAAACAUUCAUGUCGAGAUAACAAAUACUCGGGAAGAUGAUGAUAUCAGUCACUCUAGAUCAACAAUGGCUGCCUCUGAUGCUGUUAAAACAUAUGAUCUGAAGUCACCCGGAAGCAAAAGGACAGAUUUUUAUAAAGUUUUGGGCGGUCUUGGAGUUAUUCAAGGAAAUGAGAUUGAGAGUAACGACAAAACCCGAGAGGACUUUGCAGAGGUACCUGUGGCAGUUGAAUCAAACGACCACCGAGGUUUUGGUCGGUUGAAGAAUCUGUCAGAAGCACACAUAAGAUCUCUGGUUCCGAGUUUAGUGGCUACCAAAACUACUUCUGAUGCAUCAGACACACAUGUUUCAGAGCUUAAGAAAGGCGGUAUGAAGGCUUCCAUUGAUGGACCUUGCGUAAAGGACGCUGGAAAACGAUAUGCAUUUGUGCCUACUGAAGUAGAGAGUGAAACCAGAAAACCGGAAGAAAACCGGUCUCAGCCAACAUUAUCUGAUGCUGCUGUUCUGUCUGAGAUCAUGGAGAAUCAACAGCAGCAACAGCAUGUUCCACUGAAGAACCUCCUGAGCGAAGCAAGAUCACCACCACAGCCAGAGGUGGCGGCCGCCAUGGAUAACAAGAACAUCAACGGUUCAGAUUCGAUCCCGAGGGUCAGUUCAAUACUCGGACCGGAAAGUCCACCGGAAUCCUGUUUUCCGGCGAAAGGAGAAGUGAGUGAGGAGUGGAAAACGCCGGCCAGAUAUCCGGCGGCGGACGUGAAGAGAGAGGAGAGGAAGACGAAGAGCAGACCGUUCUGGGUGCCGUUUGUUUGCUGCUCUUCUGUUAACUAAGCGGUUUUUAUGUUACAUCUCCAUACGAAGAUCUUAUAUGUGUAAUGGUAGAUGGAUGUGAUGAUGAUGCAGCAUUCGGUUGAAAUCUCUGGUUUAGUAGUAGCAACUUGCCAGUAGAUUUAUUAUUAGACAUUAUGCAAUAUAUAUUAUAUAGUCCUUGUGGGGGUCGUGUUUUCGUCUUU